AUGGAUGUGAUCAAAACGCAGCAAAUCUCAUCUCGAUCGAUCGAGAAGGUGGUGGUUCAUCCAUUAGUCUUGCUCAGCAUCGUCGACAACUACAACAGAGUCGCCAAGGACACACGCAAGCGCGUCGUCGGCGUUUUGCUAGGUUCCACUUUCAAAGGCACCGUUGACGUUUCCAACAGUUACGCUGUGCCCUUUGAAGAAGAUGACAAGGAUCCUAGCAUUUGGUUUCUAGACCACAACUACCAUGAAGCAAUGUUUUCCAUGUUUAAGAGAAUAAACGCAAAGGAGCACGUCGUGGGGUGGUAUAGCACAGGUCCAAAAUUGCGUGAAAAUGACCUCGACAUUCAUGGGUUAUUUAAUGACUAUGUUCCAAAUCCAGUGUUGGUUAUAAUUGAUGUUGAACCUAAGGAGUUGGGAAUUCCAACAAAAGCAUACUAUGCUGUUGAGGAAGUUAAAGAGAAUGCUACUCAGAAAAGCCAAAAGGUCUUUGUACAUGUGCAAUCAGAGAUAGCUGCUCAUGAGGUUGAGGAAAUAGGAGUGGAACACUUGCUUAGGGAUGUAAAGGAUACAACCAUCAGCACCCUUGCAACCGAGGUGAGUGGGAAACUCACAGCCUUGAAAGGUUUGGAUGCAAGGCUUAAAGAGAUAAGGAGUUACCUUGAUCUUGUAAUUGAUGAAAAGCUUCCCUUAAACCAUGAAAUCCUAUACCAUCUACAGGAUGUGUUCAACCUGCUACCAAAUCUUAAUGUCUCUGAUCUUAUCAAGGCUUUUGCAGUGAAAACCAAUGAUAUGAUGCUGGUUAUAUAUCUAUCAUCUCUCAUUAGAAGUGUAAUUGCACUCCACAACUUGAUUAACAACAAGAUGCUCAACAAAGAACAUGAAAGGGCAGAAGACUCAAAAUCUGUACCAGUGCCAAGUGCAGCUGCAUAA